ACAGAGGGAGAUCGGUUAGCGAAUGCUAGCGCUCGUUUGUAUAUUUGCUUUUCAUGUAUUUCAAUUUUCUGGAUAAAAAACGUUAAUAUAAAUUUAUCGUAUGCCCGGUGAAGUGAAGUGAAAUAAAUAUUAGUUCUGCAGUAUUGCUCUAUUUCCUGAUAACAUAUUACACGAUCUUCUACUAUCAUUGUCAUCAUCGUCGACAACCAAUUUUGAUACAAAAAUCUGUGGAUUUUGUGCCUCAGUAAGCUUCGGAGUUGCGGUUUCUCCAGGAGAAUCAAACCGGCCACCGUCACGCCUUCAUCAUGACACUGCACUGGUGGAUGCACUGGUUCUGGGUGACAACGCUGCUCGUUAUUAUAGCCAGCACCGGAAGGACCAUAGCUGCGCCACAGUCAGAAGAACUAUUACACAUCACAACUGACCUUCAAACUGAGCGAUAUGAAAGACAACCUAGAGCUAUGUACUUUACAAAAACUCCACAGUUACAACCAGAGAACAUAACACAAAAGGAGCUGAAGUUUUCAACUCCUGUCAACGUCACUGCGACCACAGAGACAAUACAAUGGACGCCAGUCAAUGCAACAGAUAAUGUAACGCUCGAAAACGUUGCUAGCAUUAACACAACAAUUACCACAGACAAUGUCACAGAAGCGCAGAAUACGACUUUCACAAAGAGGCGGAAUUUGACGAGACCGGAAUCAGGGAGGGCUGUUUUUAUGAAAGACGAUAUUCCGAUAGAGGGUCUGUCAGAAAGCCGGAUAGUGACUGAAAAGCCUUUGUCCCUAGAAACGGCGUUUGUGCAGACGAAAAUUCCAGCAAAUAUAGAGUCUUCUAGAAGAGUUAUAGACCCAGAAGGAGGUAUGGAUACAGGAGCGAUAGCUGGGAUUUCGUUCGCUGCUUUAGCCUUAGCUGGACUAGCUGGCAGUACGGCAUUUAUUCUGUAUAGAAGAAGAUAUUUAAAUAAACCUCAAACAUUGAAUGACAAAUGCUCUAAUCCUGAUUCCAGUGGAUACUUAGAUGACAGUACUAUAAGAGAUAACUCUGAAGAAAUGUACAGUUUGGAUAAUGAUUCGUUUUUGAACUCUCUUGAAGCCAUGACCAUCCAGAACUACUGGACAGACACAGUGAAACACACCAAGUUAUAAGAUAUUGUAUAGUUAAUAACUUUGUAUAUAUUUUAGAAAUUGUAGCUUUUACAUUUGGUCUUUGGGGAUUCAUAGACUUAGCGCGGACUUGCGGUAUGUCAAAAUCUAAGACAUUUUUGACGUACGGAAGUCUGACUUAACGCUAGUGUCACUGAAUCUUACCCUUCAUAUCAUAUAUACACAAAAGUCAAUCAAAAUAAUAGAAUUAGCUUAUCGUUUAAUUUUGUAUUAUUUUGAAUUUCAGAUAAUAGUUUAAUUACCAAUGAUUUAAAAUUAAUUUAGUUUAUUUGAUUUAUCUACUACUUAGUAUUAGUAUAUUUUAAUGGAUUUAUAUUCGGUUUUCUGAAACACAAAAUUAUUAUUUUAAAUUUUAAGAAAGUUACUCAGAAAUGUUUGUUUCGAAGUAGCUUCUUGAGUGACGUUUGUGUAUUCUGAAGUGUUAAAAAAUCGCGCUUCUUUACCAAAAAGGUUUUCUUAAAGUGCGGAUAGAGACUCGUCGUAGGAUUUGAGGUCGCAGCAAUUCCAAAAAAUUGAAAGUUUUUGUAUAUUAAUGAAAUAACCUAGGAAAUAAGGAUUAUAUUAGUUCGCAAAACCGCCACGUUUCUCUUACCGCACAGACUAGCAAUUUUUAUCUUUAUCUUCACAGAAGUUAUUUUGUAAAAAAGGGUAAUGUAACCUUUAUCGACCUUUAUUGAAUAAAGGUGAUGAGGUAUACGUACAUAUACUUUUUACUGUAUUAGAAAUAAAAAAAUCUCCAUGUCAAGUCUGAUAAUGUUGACACAUGAUUGAGGGUUAGAACGCUAUAAAAUCAAACGACUUAUCGUUAGUUCAUGUUAAAAAUAACGAGCGAUGAACAGUUUUUAUUUUUAAUAGAUUCUAACUAUCUUUGUUGGUAAACUCUACAAAAAUACAUUUUAGUGCAGAAGUGAUCGGCAAUCGUGUAUGCUAUAUAUGGAAUUGACAAAGGCUCGUUUGGUCUCGUGAUCUUUUCAAUACAAAUUAAUGUAUAAAGUCCAUGUCUAACGAUUUUGAACUAAUAAUUUCACAUCUAUGAUCUACAUUCUAAAACGUUAUUUCAAAUGUAGUCCUCGGAGCUGUCAACCAAUUUUUUCUCUAUGACGUUUGACAUUUUUGACAACUCAAGACUAUAUUUUGAGAAACGUUACCUAAAACCUGCAUAAUUUAGAAAUAGUGAUUGAUCUCAGUAUUCAAAUUAGUUUUAGUUCUUAAGCUUACAUAUUAAUUUAGUUUAAUGUUUUAAAUUUAAUUGUGAUACUUUGCAUACCAUUAGUAUGUGUUUGCACUUAUAUUCAUGAUGUAUUAUUUAUAUUAUUAUUUUGUAAAUAAAAUAUGUGUAUAUUAAGCCUUUAGAGUUACUAUAUAAAACACUAAUAUUAACGAGAACCGGCUAUUAAAUAUCACUAAGGGAACUUUGACAGUAUGAAAUUAUUAUAUAGUUAUAUGUAUAAAUAAUUUAUUUUAAAAAUCAGUAAAUCAACACAAUACGGUCAGAGAUUACGAAUCGACAGACGUGUGCUUGUUUUUUUCAAUAAUCAUAAUAUAAUUUUUUAAUUUGACUUUUUAAAGCGAAUUAAAAGUUGCAUAGGUUCUAAAGUCAGUAACAAAACUGAGGUUUUUUUUUGGCAAUUUCUUUUUUUUCAAAAAAGCUUCAAAGUUUUAAAAGAUGUAUUUUUAAAGAUUUUGUUUGUUUUUAAAACUUUAUUAACUAAAAUUUAUGUUUGUAUCUUUUUCCGUCCAUGCUUUUUUGCAUUUAGUAUUUUUGGUAAAUUAAUACUGUUUUAUAUUGUUAUAAAUUAAUUUAUGCUUUAGAAAUCGUACUUAUUAUUUUGAAACUGGAUGAAAUUUUAUAUUCCUGCAAAACUUGGGGCAAAAUGAAAUUUGACUAACGCUAUGUAUAUGGAACGUGAAUGUUUAUUAUGUACCCAUAUUACGAAUUCUGCAGUAGAGCACCAAAAAUUUAUAUUAUACAUUUAGAUAGCGCUCCUUAAAUUAAAUAAAUGGAUACCCAUUUUAUGGGUACUACAUGGGUGCCAGAAAACAAUUAUAAAAUUCAUACUAAGAGUGGGCGUAACACUCAGAUUUGGAGUCUGUCAAAACGGAACAAGUUUUUAUGUCAAAAACGUUUAAGAUUUGACGUACGUACUAAAUGGCGGCUCCGAAUCUUACUCUAAAACAAAUUAGUCUACAGUGCGUUCACAUGUGUUAUAAGUUCAUUAAAAUAAAUAUGUUAUAACUAAAAACUUGCUUAAUAUAUUUAAAUUAUUAUUUUUUAUUUAUUAUUUCUUUUUUUUUGCUUCUAUUUUCACAUUAGUAUAAAAGCAUCAGAAUCAUUUUGAAGUUGUACAAAAAAAUGGUUUUUUUUUAUUAAUAUGUACAUUAAAAUUAUGUCUUUGAAGUUUUAAAAAUCGCAACAUAAUAUAUUCUCUAUUUUUGACUUAUUUUAAUCGGGGUUGUGACUAGCCUUUUGAUUUUUAGUGUCAUUUUAAUUCAUAUCAAGUGUAAAUGUACAAAGUAUAUAAGACUUUCUAAAAUGUCAUCAGUAAUGUAACUGUAAAAUAAUGAAUUGUUUAGGUAAUUGUCUAUAAUUAUGAAAAUAAUUCAAAACAUAAUAUUUAAUAUAGAUCUCUGUACUCAAACUGAUUGUAUAAAAUAU